GUGAUACUACUCCAACGGACGAAGCAUUGUACGUGAAUAACACUUUGUUUGCGACGUCCUGAAGGCGAGAGUGGACGACGUUACGCAGUGAGCGGUUAUUGGGUAUCGGGUGUGCAUGGACGAAAAGGUCAUCUGGUAGAUGGACGCGUGCCUUAUGACACCCGAUUGAUGCGUCGCAAGGUCGAGCGCGAGAGGGGCGUUACACAGGAUGCGUCUCAUUAAGCAGGUAUCGUCGACUCGUGGGACCGUGGUUAAGGAUCUGUUCCAGUCGACGAGGGAAUCGAAAUGGAGCCUGCUGCCUGCGCAUCUACCCGUCGAGCACGGCAACCGGCAUUACCAAGCCCCACAAGACAUAGCCGCUAGGAAACUGAGGCCGCUCUGUCCUCGCAAACGGCCACCCUUCCUCAUUCUGCUUCCACUGCCGCCAGCAAAUUCUCCCUCGGCCGUCAUGGAUCCCAGUGCCCAUGCGUUCUGGUCUCCUUCUCGGGAUCCAAGAGGUGUAGCACCACGAAGGGGCGAAUUCGCAGCGCCACGUUCAACCGACCUGCUGGAUAGAUUCUCGAUCGCGGGCCCGUACCGAAGCGCGCAUAUGGACGAAGGGUAUGGCCUGCGUGGAAGAACGGCGCGAGGCAGGGAGUACACUGCUCCACCGUCCAGAGACGUCAUGGAGCGGUUCUCAUCCCAUGGACCGUCCCGGUGGCCGGUGAUGAACGAGAUCCAGGCCUCUGCGCCGUCCGUGGAGGGUUCCAUUGGGGAGCGAGGGUCGUCGGUCGCAUCCAGUAUGACAUUUGGGCGCGCAUCGACGCCGAAUGGCUUUGCGCUGGGUGGAUCUGCCCGGUCUCCCUCUACGAACGCUCCAGUCACGAUGCCGCCGCAGCGUGUGUGGCAGGACCCACAGUCGCCGUUGCACAGCAUGCCUGCCAAUCAUGCGCCACCGCUUCGUCGACAAUCGACCUCCACCUUCAGCUCCAGUGUCGCGCGUCCCCAGCAGCGGUUUGGCGAUUUGCCGGCGACUCCUCCAUUCUCGCCAGAUCUGCCUCUUGCUCGUCGCCGCUUCCCGGCUUCGCCCUUCUCUUCUCCUCCCCAGCGCAACUUCGCCACGAUCGCGACCAAAGGGCCUUCAACCAGGCAAUCGCGAGUGGAUUUCGGCGAUCGUAACAGCGAGGGCAGUGGGCGACACACAGGUUCCACCAUUUCUCAUCGUCGCGGGCAAGAACCACCUCUCAGCGUGGUAUGAAGGCAGCCAGCUGCCGCGCGACUGGGUUAUAGCUGUCUCCGAAAGCGGCUGGACAAUAAAUGAAGUUGGUAUCGCGUGGUUAAAGCACUUUGACGCGCACACCAAGGGUCGCGUUGUGGGCGUGUAUCGCCUGCUAAUUUUAGACGGCCAUAAAAGCCACAGCUCCGUCGAAUUCCAGCAGUACUGCAAGGAGAACAAAAUCGUGGCUCUCUGUAUGCUGGCACAUUUAUUACACCUCCUGCAGCCACUUAAUGUUAGCUGCUUCUUGCUAUUAAAGGUAGCAUAUAGCUGCUAA